AUGGCUACGAUCAAAGACAUUGGCGUCGGGGCGGCGUUCAACAUAGUGACCGCCACCAUCUUCCUGCUGAUAUUCGCUUUCCUGCGGCUACAGCCCAUCAACGACAGGAUCUUCUUCCCGAAAUGGUACCUCAAGGGAAUGCGGGACAGCCCCUCCUCCGCCGGCGCCGCUGUGACCAAGUAUGUCAACCUGAACGUGCGGUCGUACUUGAAGUUCUUGAGCUGGAUGCCGGCUGCUCUCAAGAUGCCCGAGGAGGAGUUGAUCGAGCAUGCCGGCCUCGAUUCCGUUGUCUAUCUACGGAUAUACCUCACCGGACUGAAGAUAUUUGUCCCGAUUACGAUUCUUGCUUUUGCUGUUCUGGUCCCUGUGAACUGGACCAAUGAUACGCUAGAUGAUUUGAAGGUAGUCCACAGUGAUAUUGACAACCUUUCAAUAUCCAACAUACCUCAUGGAUCAAAGAGGUUUAUAGCUCACUUGGUUAUGGCCUAUGUAUUUACUUUUUGGACCUGCUAUGUACUUAAGAAUGAGUAUGAAAGAGUCGCGACUAUGAGGUUGCGCUUUCUUGCUUCAGAGAAACGCCGACCGGAUCAGUUCACUGUUCUUGUACGGAACAUACCACCAGACCCCGAUGAAUCAGUUAGCGAGCUUGUGGAACAUUUCUUCCUUGUCAAUCAUCCUGAUCAUUAUCUGAAACAUCAGACAGUUUACAAUGCAAAUAAACUUGCUGAUCUGGUUGAGAAGAAGAAGAAAAUGCGGAAUUGGCUUGAUUACUACCAAAACAAGCUUGAGCGAAAAUCCAAAAGGCCAACAACUAAGACUGGCUUUCUUGGAUGUUUUGGUUCUGAAGUGGAUGCGAUUGAUCACUGCAAAUCAGAGAUUGAGAAGAUAGGGAAGGAAGAAGCUGAAGAGCGUAAAAAGGUCAUGAAGGAUCCCAAGUCCAUUAUGCCAGCAGCCUUUGUUUCUUUUCGUUCACGGUGGGGUGCAGCUGUUUGUGCACAGACACAACAAACCAGCAACCCAACCCUUUGGCUGACUGAAUGGGCUCCAGAACCUCGUGAUGUCUACUGGAGUAAUCUAUCUAUUCCCUUUGUUUCCCUCACAGUCAGGAGGUUGAUAAUUGGCGUGGCCUUUUUCUUCCUCAACUUCUUCUAUGUCAUUCCAAUAGCAUUCGUACAGACUCUUGCAAAUCUUGAAGGCAUAGAGAAGGCACUACCAUUUCUAAAACCUUUAAUUGAAUCACCCCCCAUUAAAUCAUUCAUCCAAGGGUUUCUUCCUGGACUUGCUCUGAAGAUCUUCCUCAUAGUGCUUCCAACUAUACUGAUGUACAUGUCACAGUUUGAAGGAUUAAUAUCACAGUCAUCACUAGAGCGAAGAACUGCAUCCAAGUAUUUUAUAUUCUUGUUCUUCAAUGUAUUUUUGGGGAGCAUCGUUACAGGAUCUGCUUUGGAGCAGCUUGAUACCUACCUUCAUGCGUCAGCUAAUGACAUACCAAGGAUCAUUGGUGUAGCCAUACCAAUGAAGGCAACAUUUUUCAUAACAUACGUAAUGGUUGAUGGUUGGGCUGGUGUAUCUCUUGAAAUAUUGAGAAUAAGGGCAUUUGUGCUAUACCACCUGAAAAACUUUUUCUUGGUCAAGACGGAGAAGGACAGAGAAGAGGCAAUGGAUCCGGGCAGCAUCUGUUUUUACUGGUCUGAGCCUCGAAUACAGCUAUAUUUCUUGCUUGGUCUUGUGUAUGCUGCAGUGACACCGCUCUUGCUACCUUUUAUACUGGUAUUCUUUGCGCUGGGAUACGUUGUCUACCGCCACCAGAUCAUAAAUGUCUACCAUCAACGGUACGAGAGUGGGGCGCAGUUCUGGCCCAACGUGCAUCUACGCAUAAUCGUAGCCUUGAUCGCAUCGCAGCUGCUUCUCCUUGGGCUCUUGAGCACAAAAGGUUUGGAGGAGGCGACGCCAGUUCUCCUCGUUCUUCCAAUAUUAACCUUUUGGUUCCACAAGUACUGCACGCACCGGUACAAGCCCGCGUUUGUGAGGAACCCGCUGCAGGAGGCGAUGAGGAAGGACACGCUGGAGCACGCGAGGGAGCCCAACUUCGACCUCAAGUCGUACCUGGCGGACUCGUACCUGCACCCAGUGUUCAAGAGCGACGACGUCGACAAGUUCUACGUCGCCGAGGACCCUGGCGCGGAGGAGGUGAUUGUAGCGACCAAGCGGCAGUCGAGGAGGACCACGCCCGUGCAGAGCAAGUACGACGGCUCCGACAGGCUCUCCGUGCCGGACUCCAUACCCGAAAGGUAG